UCUGACCGCCCGCCAAUCCACGACAACCUGGUUGUGGUCGACCAAAAAUUAUGCGGUAGGCAUCCAAUCACGCAUGACGCUCUGUUUCUUAUCCACCACGCACCACCACCAUUCCUCUCGCUCAAGCCGUCGACUCGGCGUUCCGCGCCGCCGCCCCCACCACCACCCUGGAGACAUGGCGCAGCAGCAGUGACCGGACGGGGAGGCAUCGUAGCAGCACGGCCGAGCAGUACUCGCCCGCCCCAAUCGAGCUCGACAGCCUCGACCCUCCCACGCCGAGUCCCACGCGGCGCAGCUCAGCACUACGACGAGUGCCCACCCGAAACCUCCUGCGUCCCGCGACUCGCGAAGCCCUCCGUCGCAGACAGAAGCUCUGCGACCUCAUCGAGCACGAUAUGAAGUUCUCACACAGUAUCCAGUUCAAUGCGGUGCCUGACUGGUCCUCCAACUACAUCGCCUACUCCAACCUCAAAAAGCUAAUAUACCAGCUCGAGAAGCAGUUGAAUCAAUCGGGCCAGGGAGCCACACAGCCCACCGAUCCCGAAUCGUCCCCGUUGCUCGUAAAUGGCGCCGGCGAUGAUCCUGACAAGGUCUUUAAGCGCAAGCUAGACGAUGAGCUGGAGAAGAUAUGCAGCUUCUACCAGCUCAAAGAGCUCGAGAUCCUGGGCGAGGUGGACGCACUGCUGCGGGAUGUUGAAGAGUUCGAGUCAGAGCAUGCUGCUGGAGAGGCCGACGGUCAAGGCGGCGAGCGCAGACAGAGUCUAUGGGCACGCGCACGCCAGCAGAGCAUCUUCCGCACCUUACCGACUAGGCGCAGAAAGAGCUCGACUGUAAGCAGCAGUCAGCGUACACCCAUUGCAGAGGAUGACGAGGAUGAUGAGAGCGAGGACGAAGACAAUGAGCGAGCCCCUCUCAAUAAGAGCCAGUCAACUAUAGACCGCUCGACCACGAUCGGUAGAAGUCAGUCCACCUUGUUGGAGAGGUCCACCACGCUCGAUAAGGUGAAGGGUCGCCGAGGCUCUUCAAGGAAGGACCUCACCUCGAGUGCAUAUAUGGAUGGUGACUCUUCGGCGGAGAUGCGCCGCAGGCCCAGUGCAGCGUUCAAUGAGUUUGGUGACGAUGCCCUCCAGGCUCUAUAUGACGAGGGCAUAACGCUGAAGAAGAGGACGACAAAUCUUUACGUGACGCUUUGCGAGCUACGCUCAUUCAUACAACUCAAUGAGACUGGGUUCAGCAAAGUCCUCAAAAAGUAUGACAAGACUCUCGAUCGAAACUUGAAGAGAACAUAUAUCAACGAGAAGGUCAAGCCUGCUUACCCAUUCUUGCCGAGCACCACAGAGCAGUUGAGUGAGCAUCUGAGGAAGAUAGAAGAGGCAUAUGCAGGUAUCGUGACCAAGGGCGACGUCGACAUGGCUCGCCGGGAACUCCGCCUGCAUUUGCGUGAGCAUGUUGUGUGGGAACGCAACACCGUCUGGCGUGAGAUGAUUGGUAUCGAGAGAAAGGCGCAAGCAGCCAAUCUGGGCAUCCGCAACACCAUGCUUGGUCAGGAUCAUGAUCCGAAGCGUGCACGCCUGCAGGGCGAUGACGCCGAUGGUACUAUUAAGGAGGUCACCUUGCCCAUUGGCAAGUACCGAUGCCCCAAGUUCCUGGUUACGGGAACUUUCUGGGUACUAUGUGCGAUCAUUGCGGUCUUUGCAGUCCUACUGUCAGUGCCCAUCAUGGAUCGACCAGAGCAGCAGAAUUGUCUUGCGCUUGUGAUUUUUGUCAGCCUGCUGUGGGCAACAGAGGCUAUACCGCUGUUUGUCACCUCACUCCUCGUCCCAUUCCUGUGCGUCCUGCUGCAAGUCGUGCGGGAAGAUGUGAAACCUUAUCGCCGACUCGCAAGCAAAGAAGCAGCUGGGUACGUGUUCGCUUCGAUGUGGACGCCAGUCAUUAUGUUGCUGCUGGGAGGCUUCACAAUUGCAGCAGCGCUGAGCAAGUAUAAUAUCGCGAAGAUGAUGGCGACCUUUGUGUUGUCCAAAGCAGGGACGAAGCCGAGUACGGUUCUGCUAACCAGCAUGGGUGUGGCCACGUUUGCAAGCAUGUGGAUCAGUAAUGUCGCAGCACCAGUGUUAUGCUUCAGCAUCAUUCAGCCAAUCCUGCGCAACCUCCCGGCUGAUAGUGACAUGUCCAAGGCUCUUCUUCUCGGAAUCGCUUUGGCCUCAAACAUGGGCGGUGCGGCUUCACCAAUAGCUUCACCGCAGAACCUCAUCGCUCUAGAGAACAUGCAGCCGCAGCCCGGGUGGGGAACAUGGUUCUUCAUCGCACUGCCCGUCUGCAUCAUCAGCAUAUUACUCAUCUGGUUGUUGCUGCUGGUCACAUUCCGCCCCGGCCGCAGCACCACCAUCGUACCUAUCCGUCCUAUGAAGGACAAGUUCACUGGAGUUCAAUGGUUCAUCACGGUUGUCACUCUUGUGACGAUCGCUCUGUGGUGCGUGAGCCACCAGCUUGAGCACAUAUUUGGAGACAUGGGAGUGGUUGCCAUUAUUCCGAUCGUGCUAUUUUUCGGGACAGGAAUCCUGACCAAAGAGGACUUUAACAAUUUCUUAUGGACCAUCAUCAUCCUCGCGGCAGGCGGCCUCGCUCUCGGCAAAGCCGUCAACAGUUCGGGUCUGCUCAGGACUAUUGCCGAAUCGAUUACAGGAAUGGUUUCGCACUUAUCGCUCUACGGUAUUUGCUGCGCUUUCGCGGCACUGAUCGCCGUCGUGGCCACCUUCAUCAGCCACACAGUUGCGGCUCUCAUUAUUCUGCCUCUCGUGCGUGAGGUCGGUGCUGGAAUGGAUUCGCCACACCCCAAUCUUUUGGUCAUGAUCUCCGUGCUCAUGGCUUCUGCAGCCAUGGGCCUGCCCACAAGUGGCUUUCCGAACAUGACGGCGAUCAUGAUGGAAGAUUCCCAAACUGGACAGCGAUACCUGCAAGUCAGGCACUUCUUGACGAGAGGUAUACCUGCCAGUAUCCUCGCGUACGCCGUAAUUAUCAGUGUUGGAUAUGGAUUGUGUCGAGCUGUAGGAUUCUGAUCGGACAGCCGAGUUGUAUAAAGCUUUCCGGAUAGACAAAUUGUGUAGAAUGCGCUCCUGCGAUAUAGAUGGGCCUGUAACAAGCGCACAGAGAUCGUGUGCAGCAUAUCCUAUCCCGUACCGCGAAAGGUCCAGAUUGCUCUCAUCCGUCAUUC